AUGGAUGAAGAAGAUACAACAUCAGAUAAAAUGAGCAUUGAUAACUCAAAUAAAGAAUCAAACAGAUCGAGAUCAAGAAAAUCAACAAUAGCCAGAAAUACCAAUAAAUCAAUUUUUAAAAAAAAUAAUAGAAAAAGUAGUAAUGGUGAUGGAAAUGAAUCUUUUGAAGACACAAGUUUUGAUGAUUCAGAGAUUGAUGAUUUUAUAAAUAAUGAAGAGUAUGGCGAUAAUGUUUAUGAUAUUGAGGAAGAAGAUGACGAUGACGAUGAAACCGAUGAUAGCGAUGACGAUGAACUGUAUCAAAUUUCAAGUGAAGACGAGGCAAAUAUUACAUUACAAGAAGAGGAUCUCCAAGAAGACGAAUUAAUCUUACCCGAAGAUACACUUAUACUUUUAGAAAUUUCAGGCGAAGAUCCAGGUUUCCUUUUAGAUAAGCAAUAUAGUUUAAUUGGUUUAGAUACACCAAACCCAAUUUUAAAAAUUGGUGAUAUAUUUUAUAGAGGUCAAUAUGAAGAGGUUUUUGGUACCCAAUUAUUUUUUAGAAAUGUAUCAAAAAAAGUAACAACAAGCAAUAAUAAUAUAAAUAAUUUUACUCAAAACACACAACCACCGGGUUAUUCAAGCCAAACCUUAGACUCUACUCAACCUUUGGAGUCAAGUGUAAAUACCAAUAACGACAUUGAUAAUAAUAGCAAAAAUGAAAAUAAUGAUGAAAACGACUCAAUCGAGUUUAAUACUAAUAAAGAUACCCAGCAAACACAGAAUUCCCAACAAACCCAAACACAACAACAUACCAACUCUAGAUAUAAAGAAGUUGAAUCACUUGUAUAUAUUAACAAAACCUCAAAAAAAAUUAUCUUUCACAAAAUUGAAGUAGAGAAAAAGAAAUUAAUCUCCAAACCCUCUCAUAAUUAA